UCCCAGCUGAUCACAGCAACGAACAACAACGAAGAACAAUGACGACAAAAACGGUCCUCGUCCUGCUCAUCAUAUCAUGUCUAGCAGUGGUCAGUUCUCAAGGUUACGCAGAGGUGUACUGUGGGCGACGACUGGCCUCAGCCCUGGCUCUGCUUUGUGAUUAUAAACUGAUCAAGAGGUCUGAAACCCAUCACCGUAUGCUGCAAGAGGACUCCAGCUUGCCGUGGAUCGAAGCAGACAGCGCGCAUAGUCUCGGCAGGAAGAAGAGGCAGGUUGCGUCAGAGUGCUGCGAUAAACCUUGCACUAUCGAUGAGUUAUUGUCGUACUGCGGUAAUUGAACUGUUACAAUGACAAGGCAUUCGAUUUCAAUUGUAAAUAAAAUGUGUGUAAUUAAUGUAACUACUUCUUCAAUAAAAUAAGUACUUAUACAAA